AUGGGCAAGGGCAGCCCGCGGGUCCGGGCUGUUGGACGCCGUGUUUGCGACGCUGAGGAAGGACGCUGGGAUCACGAGCAGGACAGUGUUCGACGACAUGCAGCCGAACUCGACAGUGGCAAGCGUCCACGAGGGGCGGAAGGUGCUGAACGAGAGCAGGUGCAACUCGAUCAUCGGCCUCGCCGGCGUCUCUUCGCGGGACGCUACGCACGUCAUUGCGCUGUUUGCAGGCAAAACAACCACUCGCAACCAGCAGAGAGACGCGUGCCACGACGCGCAUGGGGGCCGUAA